CCUCCCUGCAAGGUGGAGUCUAGGGUUGACGUGAGUGAAUCCACAUGGUACAGGGGCUGGAGAAUAAAGAGUGUGGAGUUGAACUCGUGCCAUUGUAGUGACUCAUCUCGGGCAGAGCGCAGGGGCUCCGAGCGAUCCAGCGAGCGAGCGAGCGAGCGGCGCUCGGCGGGGACACAGAGAGAGAGGGCGAGGCGCGGACGGGCGAGGCGGGCCCGUCCGGGAGCGGGCGCUGGGGAAGGGGUGCAGGUCCGGGCGCCGGAGCAGCCACGCGGAGAGCGGGGCCGCGUCCCCCUCAGCGCCGGCUCAGCGUGAACCCCACGGGCCGCUGUCCCGCUGGCGCGCUCGGGCCGCGGCACGGGCGCACGCUGCCUCAGUCUCCUAGUCAAGUGUCCGACCCGCUCCGAAACUCCGGCGGCGAGUCGGCCACAGGAAGUUUACUCUCGGGCUCCUUUUCUAAAAGGAGGAAAUAGAAGUUUCUCCAAGCGGGCAGCUUUUCUUUUCUCCUUUUUGGCCCUCUCUGAAAUCGGGGGUGCCUGGAGCUGGCAAGCGAGGCUCGCCCGGCUCCUAUUCUGUUUUAAUUUCCAAAUUUUUGAUUGGGCCGUCGGUCCCCGGCUGGGCUCCGGCUGCGCGCGGGGGCGGGAGGGUGCGCGCAGGGGAGGGACCGAGGGACGCGCCGACUUUUAGAGGGAGGGACUGGGUGGACAACUGGUCCCGCGGCGCUCGCAGAGCAGGAAAGAAGUGCCGUGCGAGGCGCUCGGGGGACACUGUUCCCGGAGUGUCGCCGCCUCCCUGUCCUCGCCCGCUGCGGUGGAGCAGAAACCCGGAGUCAAGACUAGAGCCCGCGGCGCAGCCGGCGGACCAGCAAGCGCGCAGCAGCCGGUGCGCGGCCGCGGCGAGGGCGGGGGAAGAAAAACACCCUGUUUCCUCUCCGGCCCCCACCGCGGAUCAUGUACCAGGAUUAUCCCGGGAACUUUGACACCUCGUCCCGGGGCAGCAGCGGCUCUCCUGCGCACGCCGAGUCCUACUCCAGCGGCGGCGGCGGCCAGCAGAAAUUCCGGGUAGAUAUGCCUGGUUCAGGCAGUGCCUUCAUCCCCACCAUCAACGCCAUCACAACCAGCCAGGACCUGCAGUGGAUGGUGCAGCCCACGGUGAUCACCUCCAUGUCUAACCCGUACCCGCGCUCCCACCCCUACAGCCCCCUGCCGGGCCUGGCCUCUGUCCCAGGACACAUGGCCCUCCCAAGACCCGGCGUGAUCAAGACCAUUGGCACCACCGUGGGCCGCAGGAGGAGAGAUGAACAGCUGUCCCCCGAAGAGGAGGAGAAGCGUCGAAUCCGGAGAGAGAGGAACAAGCUGGCUGCAGCCAAGUGCCGGAACCGCCGCCGGGAGCUGACGGAGAAGCUGCAGGCGGAGACGGAGGAGCUGGAGGAGGAGAAGUCAGGCCUGCAGAAAGAGAUCGCUGAACUGCAGAAGGAGAAGGAGAAGCUGGAGUUCAUGUUGGUGGCGCACGGCCCCGUUUGCAAGAUCAGCCCCGAGGAGCGCCGAUCGCCCCCAGCCCCAGGGCUGCCGCCCAUGCGCAGUGGGAGUGGUGCAGUAGGUGCUGUGGUGGUGAAACAGGAGCCCCUGGAAGAGGACAGUCCCUCAUCCUCAUCAGCAGGGCUGGACAAGGCCCAGCGCUCCGUCAUCAAGCCCAUCAGCAUCGCUGGGGGCUUCUACGGGGAGGAGCCGCUGCACACCCCCAUCGUGGUGACCUCCACGCCUGCUGUCACUCCGGGCACCUCAAACCUCGUCUUCACCUACCCCAGCGUUCUGGAGCAGGAGUCGCCCGCGUCACCCUCUGAGUCCUGCUCCAAGGCUCACCGCAGAAGCAGUAGCAGCGGGGACCAGUCAUCAGACUCCUUGAACUCCCCCACUCUGCUGGCUCUGUAACCCAGCUCGCCUCUCCUCCCCAGCUCCGGAGGGGGUCCUUGUCACUGCCUCCUUCCCAGGGACCAGCACCUUCAAGCACUCCAGGGCCGUGAGGGCAAGAGAGGGACGUGCCAGGGAGCUUCCUGGCUCUGGGGGACCCAGGUGGGACUUGGCAGCAAGGCGCUGGAGGACUUGGGUUGAUCUCUUGGAAGCCAUGGGACCUCCUCCCUCAUUCAUCUUGCAAGCAAAUCCUAUUUCUUGAAAAGCCUUGGAGAACUUGGUUUGGUGGACUUAGACAUCUCUAUGGCUUCUGAAGAGCCUGAAGCUGGCCUGGACCGUUCCUGUCCCUUUGUUACGAUAUUGUCUCUGGAGUGAUGGUGUCCUUCCCUGCCCCACCAAGCAUGCUCAGUGCCUUUGGUUUCACCUUCCCUCGACUUGCCCCUUCCCUCCCCCAGUGUCAAUUUCACUCCCUCUUGGUUUUUAUGAAAUUUGCCAUGACAUUUCAUCUGGGUGGUCUGAAUAUUAAAGCUCUUCAUUUCUGGAGAUGGGGCAGCAGGUGACUCUUCUGCUGGGGCUGACUUGUCCAGAAGGGACAAAGUGCAAUACAGAACCUUCCCUACCCCAGUGCUUCCCAUUGUGCCAGCAUCUCCAGAACUACCAGCGGGGCUCGCUGAGCUCUCAAGGAGAUGCCACCGCCACUGGGAGGCUCGGAGGACCCUUCCUCCUCACCCUCGGAGACGGCUUUUGGAGGAGCGGCUUGGCCAGAAGACGGGUGUGAGUGAGACGGCAGGGCCCUGGUUGGGUUUGCCAAACGCCUAAUUACCAGGCCAGGAAUAGUGCCAACAAAGCCGCACGGGUGUCCUAGCCAGCUUCCCCUCACCGGUGUCUUGAGCAGGGCGUCUCCUGUAAUUACUGCCUCGCUGUUCUGCCCCUGGACCCUUCUCUCCAGACCAGGGAGGCGUCCCUCCCUAGGAAACACAGGUCGCUCCAAGUCCCUGCCGGGCCCCACCCUUCCCCAACCCUGGCUCUCAGGGUGACGCCACCCACGGAGAUUUAAUGAGCGUGGGCCUGGACCCUCCCCAGAUUGCUGCCAGGGGCCCCUCCCCAAGCCUCCAAGGAGCAUCUGCCCAGGAUGGGGAGGCAGGGCAGGGAGGAGGGCUGCAGCCAUCGGAGGGUGGAGUGGUGUUCGCAGCGGCCGCAGCCCCAGCGCUGGCUUGGCUUGUCCCGGCUGCUGGCCUCUCAUGAGGCGCUGCGCCUUUUCUGCCCUCUGUGGUCAUCUGCCACCUGAUGGAUUAAGUGCUUUCUCUUUUACACUCCCCUGCCCCCACCCCAGUGUGCUUUUCUGGCCCAGUCAGCAAGCUGUGAACAGCUGGCCUGCACUGUCGCUGUGGCUUAUGGCUUAUGUGCCAUUCCUGGUUGUAUGUUGAAUCUUUCCGGCUGCUGAAAUUGGAGACAGAAUGUGUUGCUUCCCACUGCAGGAGCGCUGCCCCCUUCCCAGGUUGGGGGUGGGGAAGGGGUAGCCCUGGCUCCCAGCAAGAGCCUGCCUCCCACCGCUCUGAGCUCUGAGCCUUUCCUCCCCAGGGCGUGGCUCCCACUGAGCUUCCUGUCACGCAGGGUCUUGACCCGUGUCCUGGGAGCAGCUCCAGGCCAGAACUGGUGGCUGCUGGGCCAGUGCUCUGAGGUGGACUCUGCUGCUGAGAUCAUCUUAGUUUGCUUGAGAGAUCAGUUUCCAAGUUCAGCUCUGGAGACAGCAGUGACGUGUUCACGGCUUGUUCCCUCACACAUCGAGGCCACACGUGCUGGUCAUUAUUUAAUGUCCAUUUCCCACUUUCGUGCACUAGACACGCAGAGUGGAACAGCCGUACGCUUAAAAUAUACUGGAAGGGAUGGAUGUGUGUGCAAGGGUUAGGCCACGCAGAGAGAGGAGAUGAAAAGAAAAAGGAUUUUGUUCAAAAUACUUUGAAAAUGUUACUUCCCGCAUUCCUUGGCUGUGAUGCCGCCCUCCCAGUUCCCCAGCGACUCCUAAGAAGAUCGGGCAAUUGGGUUUCUGGCUUCACAUGAAUCAAAGAAGCAGAAUUAGCCAGGAAUAGCAGGAGAUGGGCAAAGAAAAUCAGGGUGCACUCAGCUCUGAAAGGCUUAAUCAUCUCAAGCGGUAUUUGUAGCCAAGCGGGAGCUAUUUGGUUUUUGUAUAUAGAGAUAUUUCUUAAAUGAAGCUACUUUCUGGUCUUUUAUUUCUAAAAGCCCCCUUACUCCACUUUGUGCAGCAUGGAUCUCCAACACUGGUCACAGUCUGGGACUUACCGCCAGGCUGGGCAUACCUGAGACACAGCUUGGCUUCAGUUCAGGUUCCAAGCUGUGUUGGCAUUGGGACCAGUGGAAGGCAAAAAUCCAGCCAGUCCACAGGAUUCUAAAGGCCUCUACGCUGUGUUCCCUUUUAAGACCCUCUGGCUUUGUCCUAGGAGGUGUUUGGCCAACCUUUCCCCAAUGCCAGAGGUUAUUUGGGGAAGGCUUAAUAUUCACACUUAAGUCAAGAGCAUAUGCUCAGUUUACUUCCUUUUGGCUUGCUCUCCAAGUUCGUUCUCCCCCCCUCCCCUCUCUCUCACACACACACCCCCUUGAUCCAGAAUCACCAGACACCUGGCCAGCUGUUUUCUCCUCCAUGGCUCCAGCUAAGGGAACAGCUGCAGUGGGGAUGCCUUUGUGCUCGGGUUAGGAACUGCUGUGCUUCCCCGUGUCCCCAGCCAUGAGGCAGCUGGUGUGGACUCUGGUUGGGCUGCAGGCAGCUCUGGGACGGCAAAGGGCAGGCACUCCUUGAUCAGCUGGUGUAAAACACACAGUCCUCCCGGCCUCCUGGCUGGCCUUUCUGGGAACAGUCUUCUCCCAGGCUGGGUGCAUGGGGACAGCUGCUGACGUAGGAAAGAGAGGAGAUCUCAGGUGAAGCUUGGGGAAUUGCUGGAGCCAACUCCAAGCAGAGAAUUCAUUGGGGAGAUUUUUAGAAAGAGGCAAACAUUGUUCUGCCUGUGUUAACGGCCAGGUGUGUCCACUGUGGCCAGUCACACAAGCAUCUCAAAGCCAAGAGCCAUCUGGGCUACUGCUUCUCUUUCUCAGGUGUUGGGGAAGGCAGUUUCCCUCUGUUCUCACUUGACUCCAAGUAUAAGGGGGAGUUGAACGGCCUGGAGCAUUGUGACUGUUUUCUCCCUUUUCCUCGAUGAUGGACCAACAGUGCUCCUUGCAGUCUAACCAAGUCAGUUUCAGGUUGAUUUCCUUCCCUGAUCAGACAUCUUUGUGGCCCCUUUAGGAAGGAAAAGAAGAAAAAGCACCUACUAUGUGCCAGACACUGUGUUAGGGCACUUUUGUAUAUAUCCUUUCUAGGAUGACACUAAAGGAUGAGGGCAUCUCUUUAUAAAAGGUCCCCAAGUAAUGGAUAAACAAAAACACUUGGAGGUGAGGUCUUUCUUCAGAGAUGGAGGUAAGAUUGCCUUCAGGCUAAUGUUUGUUCUCAAAGACCCAACCCUUGCAAUAUCCUCCCACCUCCAAAUUUCUUCUCCUUCUACCCUGCCACAUGCUCCUGUGCACUCCUCAGAUGUUCAAAGGGUAACCUGAGUCUUUACAGAAUUUGUAGACCAAUAGAGUAUGUGGUGUGUAUAACUUUCUUUUAAAAAACGUAAGGAAAGGGGUCUUGCUGCAUUCUGCUUGUUGAGUCUUUUGGCAUUCAUCUUAAAAGCCAGCAUCUCACUAUUUAUUGACAGGUUUAUGUGUGUAUGGUAUGUGUGUGUGUGUUCAUGUGCAUGCGCACAUGUAUGUAUACAUUUUCAGGCGUGCUGUGUCCUCCUCUAGCUUUUUAAAGGAAACCUAGUCAUUCUGCUACUAAUCUGGCAUCUUCUCAUGCUUCCAGUGCUUGGGCCACACAUCAACAAAGGGUUUUAAUUUCCCGAUGCUGACGACAUGUUCAGAAGGGGCUGGAUCAAAUUUUGAGGGGGGUAUAGGAAAGGGAGAGGGAGAAGAAAUUGACAUUUAUUUUAUUAUUUAUUUUAAAUGUUUACAUCUUCUUUGUGUUGUAUCAAGCCUGAAUAGAAACAGAUAGCAUUAAAAUACUCAGUUCCCCUCUCUCUUGCUUCCUUUUUUUUUUUUUUAAAUUUAGGAUAAUGAUGCUUUUUUGUUGUUGUUUCUAAAGUGAUUUGUGACUUGUGCUGUAUAAACUGUAUUAAAAGGUUUUGUUUCUAAAGAUGGAUUGUCAUUCCUCUGGGGACAGUGGUCGCCAAGAAAUCUACAUUGUAAGAGAACACAACAAAAGAUCCUGCCCUGUUUCUCAAAAUUUAUUUUCUCUGUAUGAUUAAAAGUUUAUUCCAUUUAUUUCAGUUUGUGUUUACUUGAUUUUGAGGAAGAAAAUAUUUGACUUUGUACAAAGAAUAGGUAUCAGGGUGUCUUUUCUGCAGUGGGAGAUGUAUAUAUAGUAUUUUGGUGUAUAGUGGAAAACCAUAAGCUUUGUGCAUCUGUAUUUGAGAUAUGUCAAUGAUGUGGAGUGAAGUCUGCUAUAAGGUUCUGGAGGCAAAUGAGUUGUACAAGGUUCCUAUAGCUCUUUGGGGAAUUAUUAUCUUUCUGGGCACCUUUUUUUUCUGGGCUCCUGUUUUUUUAAGUAAUAAUAAAAUGAUCCCAUUGGAGAGUCUCCUGCAUAGAUCUCUCCAAGCAGAACCAUGAGCUCAAAAUUUUUGUAUAAUUUUGAAAAUUGAGGAGUAGCUCUGUUCUGAAGCAUCUCUGGUGGUGUUUUUUUGUCGUCGUUGUUUUGUUCUGUUUUACUGUAUGUAAUACAAGCCUACAGUAUUUGCACUAAAGAAAGCUUGUUAGAAAAAGCUUGCUGCUAUGGAAGAAAGAACAUAUUAAGACUUUUUUUCCCUUGCGGUUUUGUUGUUGUUGUUGUUGUUAGCUUUUCCACUUUCAGUUGAGUAGCAUUUUGUAGAAUAAAAUGAAUUAAGAUUGAA